ACUCCUCCGCUAUCCGCCGAUGGAUAAAMACAACGAGGAAAAGCGCAGUCUGCGAAUUCUGCACAGCGAGGAUAAAAGAUAAGUCACAGUUUAGUUUUAGAGCCUCGGAAGRAAGUAAAAACCACUCCGUUUGUUUUAUUUGUAAUUUAUUUGGUGGAGGCAUGGAGGAAGCCGGAGACGGAGCCGAACAACGGGCCACCAAUCAGGUCUCGUCCGACCAACCCGCGGUCACAGAUGAGGACAGCAGAGAGUCCACGGACGGAGUUUCAGAGCCGGGAACAUCAGCAGAGGUUAAAGACUCAGAGUCGGUCCCUGGACCUUCGUCCACGAUGACCGAGGAGAAGAAGGAGGAAAUCUUAGCUGCGAUGCUUCAAAGCAGGAAGUGAAAGAGGAUGAUGCUUCAAAACAGGAAGUGAAAGAGGAUGAUGCUUCAAAACAGGAAGUGAAAGAGGAUGAUGCUUCAAAACAGGAAGUGAAAGAGGAUGAUGCUACAAAUCAGGAAGUGAAAGAGGAUGAUGCUACAAAUCAGGAAGUGAAAGAGGAUGAUGCUACAAAUCAGGAAGUGAAAGAGGAUGAUGCUUCAAAGCAGGAAGUGAAAGAGGAUGAUGCUACAAAGCAGGAAGUGAAAGAGGAUGAUGAUGCUACAAAGCAGGAAGUGAAAGAGGAUGAUGAUGCUUCAAAGCAGGAAGUGAAAGAUGAUGAUGCUUCAAAGCAGGAAGUGAAGGAGGAUGAUGAUGCUUCAGAACAGGAAGUGAAGGAGGAUGAAGACGCUUCAGAACAGGACAAACGUUCAGAGCAAAGAGCUGAGGUGAACCAGGACUCUGCUCCUGAUCACAAAGAGGAAGAAAAACAGAUGGAGGAGGAGGAGGGAGAGAAAAAGAAGUCCUCCUCUCUGAAGCCGACUGUCUCUACGGAGAACGACCUGGACGAGAUGAUGGACAUCGGGACGGUGGAUCAGAUGGAGCAGGAGGCUCAGAUGAUGGAAGGAGAGCAGAGCGACCGAUCGCCCUCUGAAUUACAGACAGAGGACGAAGCUGACGUCAAACCCUCGGCCUCCGAUCUGGUUCAGUCCGCCUCGUCUCCGUCGUCCGACGCCGCCACCAGUACAGAAAGAGACGGCUCUCCAGUGACCAUGUUGAACGGGAUGAAGGUGGUGGAGCUGCAGCUGCAGGGUUCUGAUUCUGAGAACCUGGAAGCCGUGGCGAAGCCCAUCAAGUCGUCUCCGGCUCCUUCGCCUCCUUUGGCCAAAGUGAAGGACGAGCCGAUGGACGAGGAGUACGAGCGGGCGCUGGUGUCCUCCUCGUCUGCGGCGAGCGUGAAGGACGAGCCUCAGAAGGAGGACCUGCAGAUCGGCUCGGUCUACUCUGUGACCCCAGCCUCUGACAGUCUGUCUCAGUCCGGCGUGGACUCGCCCACGCUGCACAUGUCCUGCUCCUUCUGCAAGAAGAACCUGCUGAAAGGACAGACGGCCUACCAGAGGAAAGGCUCUGCAGCUCUGUUCUGCUCCACUGCCUGCCUCACCACCUCGCUGCCGGCCGGGAAAACCAUCAGUAAGGUCUGCAGCAGCUGCCAGAAGUUGAUACUGCGGGCUCAGGAUACCAUCACGGCUCCAGAUGCUAAAGGAGUCCUGAAGGAUUUCUGCAGCCAGAGCUGCCUGACCUCCUUCAACUACAAGAAACAGGCGGUCAGCUUCAAGGCCUCGGCCGGUCCCACCAAAGCCCCUCAGACCCAGUCGGUGUGCAGCAUGUGCUCCAGAGUCAGCACGAGCAAACACGAGGUGGUCCUGAGCGGUGCCGUCCACAGGAUGUGCAGCGACGCCUGCUUCAACCGCUUCCGCACCGUCAACAACCUGAGCAUGGCGGGCUGCGCCAGCUGCGGCUCCUUCUGCCACAGCAAACCGCUGCUGCUGAAGAUGGACGACGGCAGCAAAACUCUGUGCAACAGCGAGUGUUUGGCUGCUUUCAAAGAGAAAACCAAGCUGACUCAGAUGUGCACCAUGUGCCGCACCGCCCACCCUCUGGCUGAGAUGGUGGACAACAGAAACAGUGACGACUCUGUGAACCUGUUCUGCAGCAGCAACUGUGUGAUGGCCUUCAAGGUCCACUCUGUCAGCUCCUCAGGAACUCGAGUAAACUGUGACUACUGUAGUAAAAACACUGUACCUUCAUACCACCUGGCCAUGUCGGACACCUCCAUCAGGAACUUCUGCUCUCUGCCGUGCGUCAUGACCUUUCAGGAGAAGUUUAAGAAGAACCAGACGCAGCUGAGCGUUUUCACCAAACAGACGGUGGGACCGUCCCAACCCGCCGCCGCCACCGUCACGCCCGUCCCGACGCCGCAGCAGGAGGUCAAAGAGCCRUCCAAGCUGAGCUGCUUCCAGUGCAGCCGCAUCAUCACCAGCAAACCUGAGCUCAUCCAGAUCAAGGAUAAGAUGGUGUUUCUCUGCACCCCGGACUGCUCCAUGGAGUACAAGAAGAACAACUUCAUGACGAGUCUGUGUGAGUACUGCAAGAUUGAGAAGACCACCAGGGAGGCCAAACGAAUCGACAACAAGGACUGCUACUUCUGCAGCGACGGCUGUAAGCUCCUGUUCAGACACGAGCUGAGCAAGAACUGGGGGAAGCACUGCCACUCCUGCGUUUACUGCCACAGCGUGUCCAAGAAGCUGGUCAUGGCCCAGUACGGAGGCUCCGUUGAGGAGUUCUGCUCCGAGGAGUGCCGCUCCAAGUACACCAUGCUCUUCUGCCACGUUGCAAAGUGUGACGGCUGCGGGAGAAAAGGCAAACUGAAGCAGAACCUUUCUCUGCUGGGAGAGGUCAAACACUUCUGUGCCCUCAACUGUCUGCUGAAGUUCUGCUGCGACCAGGUGGCCACGCAGGGCGAGAUCCCCAAAGCUGCAGAGGACMCGUCGCCUGUGAUCGCCAGCGUCAUGUCACUCGCAGACCAGCAGGCUGGGAAAACUGUGAACAAACCUGCUCUGCAAACCAAAACAUCAACCAUGCAGACGAGGAGAUCUGGACAUAUCAGCACCCAGACGGAGCAGAAGUCCCAUCAUCAUCAUCAUCAUCAUCAUCAUCCUCCUCCUGCUGCUGCCCCAAAGAUCCUGAAGAACAAAGCUCUGCUGUGCCGCCCGCUGGUGCAGAAUAAAGGAGUUUCCUGUAAAACACAGACGGCCGACGUGGAAGCUCAGACAGAUGACGCCUUCCCUAAAGUCCUGGUCCUGCCGGUUCCUGUUCCCGUUUACCUGCCCAUCCCCAUGAACCUGUACAGCCAGUACACCCCCAAACCUGUGGGCCUGCCGCUGCCUCUGCCCGUGCCCAUGUUUCUGCCCGUGACGAUGAACAGCGCCGAGCGCAUCGUAGAGACCAUCCAGGAGAUCAAACAGAAGAUCCCGUCCAACCCGUUCGAGGCCGAGCUCAUCCUCAUGGCUGAGAUGGUGGCAGAGGAAGACAAACAGGAACCGCAGAAAGACAAAACGGCUGACAAAGUGCCGGAGAGGCGGGAGGCUGCAGACGACCACAUCAGUAACUACAGCGACGACCUGGACACGGACGACUUGGCCAGCUUCCUGAACAACUGGGAGGACCCGUCGUCUGAGGCGGGUCUGAAGCUGCCGACUCGCCCGGACGCCUCGGAGAAGCUCACCCCGACACUGGACAGUCCGGUCAGCACGCCCAGCGAGCCGUACUCGGAGCCGCCGCCGCCCGCCAUGGACAUCGAGAACGACUUCACCGUCGAAACCCUGGAGAGGAUGGCCCGCCUCAGAGAGAACUGCAACAGGACUCCCAGUCCUCCUCCGGCCCAGCCGCGACGGCGACAGGCCCCCAGGAAGGCCCGAGAGAAGAGGGGCAGGAAGUCUCAGCGUCAGAGUAAAGCUGCAGAGGAAGCGUCUCUGAAGAAGACUGUGGCUGCAGAGACCCAGAAGCUGAAGAGUCAGUACGGGGUGGACGCCUGGAAGCACUGGAUYCAGUGGAGGCAGACCCAGCCCCACCUGGAGCAGCGCCGCCUCGGCUCUCGUCCUCUGGAGCUGAGGGAGGACCUGCUGCGCUGCACCACAGCCGAGCUCAGCUAUGGCCUGUGCUGCUUCAUCAAGGAGGUGAAGAGGCCCAACGGAGAGCCCUACUCCCCCGACAGCCUCUUCUACCUGUGCCUCGGCAUCCAGCAGUAUCUGUUUGAGAACGGUCGUGUGGAGAACAUCUUCAUGGAUCUGUUCUACAGCAAGUUCUCCUGUGAGAUCACCAGCAUCCUGAAAGACUUCAGGCCCACCGUCACCAGCAGCGGAUACGUCCACUCCCGGGUGGAGGAGGAGUUCCUGUGGGGGUGCAAGCAGCUGGGGGCGUACUCGCCCAUCGUCCUCCUCAACACGCUGCUCUUCUUCUGCUGCAAACACUUCGGCUUCACCACGGUGGAGCAGCACCGCCAGCUGUCCUUCGCCCAYGUCAUGCGCUGCACCAAAACCAACUCUGACAGCAGCAAGACCACCUUCCUGCGCUUCUACCCCCCCAUUCCUGCGACCGAGGCUGAGCCGGAUCCAGACUCUGUUCCUGCRAAGAAGCGUAAAGAAGAGGAGAAGGAGGAAAUCCUGGAGAUGAUGGAGAACACAAAGAACCCCCUCCGCUGCCCCGUCAGGCUCUACGAGUUCUACCUCUCCAAGUGCUCGGAGUCGGUGAAGCAGCGCACCAACAUGUUCUACCUGCACCCGGAGCGCUGCUGCGUGCCCAACAGCCCGCUCUGGUUCUCCUCCACGCCUCUGGACGACACCACCAUGGAGGCCAUGCUGACCCGCAUCCUCACGGUCAGAGAGCUGCACCUCAAGAACAAGAAGGCCGUCGUGAAGGACCCGCCCUUUCUACCCACCGAGGACGACGAGUCAGAGUGAAGGACUGAACCCAAGUGACCUUUUUUAGCAGCAUUGUGUAAAUGUUUGUAAAUAAACUGGAGCGUUCACUACAUUUUGAUCUCAUAACCCCGCCCCCCCCGGAGUGCUGAGCGACAGGAAGUCUCUUUCUAAACUUUGUAUUAAACAGGAAGUUGCACAUUUUUAAAACGCACACUGCUUGGCUCUCAGACUGCUGCUGAUCUGUGUUGUGAGCUUUCCUUUCCUUCUGUCGGCUGUGGUUCCUCACGUUUCGGUGCACGCCGGUCUGCCAGGUUUGUUUGGAUACGUUUUGUUUCAGCCCGCCCCUCAGACGGAUCACUGAAACCAYGGACUUUAACCCUCCUGUUCAGAUGCAAACCUGAAGCCAAUCUUUAAAAUUUAAAAUCAUAGAUCAAAACAAAAUGUAGCAAAUUAUCCUAAAACAACCUAAAUUACUUUGUUACCAAGAUUUUUCUUUUGAUUUUAUUCCAAUACAAAUCUUCAAGUGUSCGAUGGAUUUAUUGGAAGCAGUUUGUAACAGUACGAAUUGAAUGUAACUGAACUGUAAGCUGUAAGAAUUAAAAGAAUGAGUUUUUUUUUUUAUAAAAGAUGGGAACCCCCCACCCCCCUACAAAAUACAAUGCUUCCAAUUAUUGAGUUUUCUGUUUAUUUGGAAAAUUGUUUCAUCCCAAAUAAACCUUGAUGUCAUUGGAAAUUGUUUCAUGUAAAUCUUGUUUCCUGUUAGUUUUUAGCUGUUUUCUUAAUUGUUUUUGUUUUUUAAUAAAAUACUUGAAAUAAAA